AUGUCAGCUAAUUUUAUGUAUUCCAAUACUGCAUUAUCUUCCCUCAUACCGCAUCAACAGCAACAGCACAUAGUUACUCAACGUAGUCGGUCAGCUUCAACGUCUAACGCGGGACCAAAUAUUCACACACAAUAUCAAGUUGCUCUCUCACAACCUUAUCAAAACCUCGGCCCUAUGGAUGGGUCAUGGACUCAGACGCAAGGCAUGUAUGUUAAUGGCUUAAAUAAAAUGAUUAAUGUAUUUCCUGGACAAAACAUGACAGAUAUGGAACAGACACCAAUCAGUCAGUCAAGUGAGAAUUAUAAAUAUGCACCCAACGUCAAAAUAAAUGAACUAAAUUCAAGAUCGUGUGCUCAUUCUUUUCAACCAUCAAACGGAAAUGCUGGUGGGAAUCAUGGAUCGAUUACUCUGGGAGCCCAACAGGUUCAUUUUGCUGUGGCGGCUACUCCCAAUGGUUUAGUUCAACCACAUACAGGUCUACAAAACCCAUCUACAUCAAUACGCUCUGAACAAACUGGUGUCCUUCACCCAAACUCUCAACAUCCAUCUGGCUCUUUAGGUCAACCAUUUCUUAUUCCAGGAAUUGUAGGGCAACCGACUAUAAGAACAUUAACACAAGAUAACCUAUCUCCAGCAUACAGAGAAUCUGGUUCUACCCAACCACUUCUAACAUCUGGUUCAAAGCAGGUAAAUAAUCUUAACAAUACGAACACUGCACGUGACCUGCACCCUCGAAUUCUUGACGUUAAUGUGUCAAUGAACCAAUCAGCCUACGUCCCAUCUGUCCCAGUCCAACAACAUCCCGUUGUCUCACACCACCAACUAUACACGAGUCCUACACUUCAGCCACCAUCGUUACAUGGGAUGGUAGAGUAUGUUCAAGCUGUCUAUCCUACUAAUCCAAAUGUUCAUGUUCCAUAUACACAGCAAUCUGCAGCCUUGUUUGGGCACUAUCCUGCGCAAAUGAACGCUGGAUUCGAUUCAACAAUAAAUACGAACUUUAAUUCACGUAUACGCCACAACACUUGGGCUGGUCUCGAAGAUAAUAUGUCCUCUGCUGUGAAUCAUGAUUCAUCUGCUAGGAAAAUAAAAAACGAAAAGGUUUUAGUUCCAAAUGACUUCCCAUCUACAGUCAACGAAUAUAAUUUGAAUUCCCAUGGUUCAUUUACUCAAUAUACAGCCACUCCAUAUUUUUCUGGUUUUAAUCAGUCAUCUUUUUACCAAACAGAUGGUCAAAAGCCAGAUAUCUCUAAAUUACCUGGUUCAGUUACAUUCCAACAUGGCGAAACACAAAAACAUCCAUGCAGUUAUCAAAAUCCCGCUUCUUUACAAUUCAAUUCCUCCUCAGCUAUGACCAACAAAGUAGAUUUUCCCAGUAAUGAUGUUUCAUAUAUGACUUCUGUUCCAGUAGGUCAGUUGCCUUCAAGAUCGAACUAUCAAGUUCACAAUAAUUCAUACUUAUCAUCAGUUCCAUCUUGUAUACCCGUUCAAAGCAAUAAUAACUAUAUUGGCAGCAAUCACAACCAUACUGUCUCUUCGCAUGCUUAUGUUUUUAAUUCUGAUAAUUCAAAAACAUUACAACAAUCACCUUAUCCCGUAAAAGAUAAUUAUCCGCGCAUAAGUCACAAACCUCGUGAGUGGAAUAAAUCUAAAGAUGCAAUCCAUUGUAAACCUCCAUCAAGUUCUUAUCACUCUCGUUUAAACAAUACAAAGUCAAAAAACGUAAUUAAGAAUUUCUCUUCAGACAAACAAGCUGGUCUUAAUGACCGUAAACCUACUUCUAGUUCGAUAAAUGAUAAGUUAACACAGACGGAAAAAAACACUAACUCUUUUACUGUUCAAACAACAUCGAGUUUCGUAUCCUCAGGUAGUCAAGGUCUCAGAUCUUCCUUAUCUGCAACUAACCAGGACUUUAAUUCACACCACCAGCUGAAUACAAAAACCACCCAUUUCGAUUAUCCACAGCUCUAUACAAAUGUUUAUGGGACGGUAAACCAGACUAAUGAGCAAUCUGUUGGAGGACCACAAAAGCAUCUGGAAAAUUAUCAAUCAUCUCUUGCCAAUAAUAACCUACUGUCUAGUUAUGUUCAAGGUCUUCCUGAAAAUGUAAUAGGUAGUUUGAAAUUAAGUGGUUUUCGUUUGGUUCUUGAUUCAUGUCCAACAAGAUUGUUACUUAGCACAUCAUUAGUUGGUUCGAUUAUUGGUCGAGGUGGUCGAACUAUUCGUCAGAUUACAACAAAAACGGGAGCUAAAAUAGGGAUGAAACAGGAUAUUAUCACUUUUUCACAGUUCUCUUUGCCUGGGAAAGGAAAAAAGACAUUCAAGUCAUCUGAUUCCAGCAGUACUAAUCAUUUUAGAGAGGAAGAAGGGGAAAAAGAAGAAACAAGUCAACCGUCUGACAAUAAAGAUGCUUUCACAAAUGUUAAUGGCAAUACAAAGGUUGAUCAAGCACCAGAAACAUGUUCAAAUAUCAAUACUGAAUCUAUAUUAGCUAAUAAGUCUCAAUCCAACUUAGAGGUUCAAUCAGACGAGAGUCAGCUUGCUAUUCUUUUCGGAUCAAGGGAACAAUGUUCAGCGGCAUUAUGUGAGAUUCUUACAAUAUGUUUCCGUGAAUCUAAACAUCGUGGCUUCUCUGAUCCUUGCUUAGGUCUACUUGUUGAACAGCAUAUUUAUGCACAACUGAUAAUGAAUAAAGGGAAAAAAUAUUUCAAUGCUAUUCAUACUGCUACAGGCGCACGCAUAUCAGUAACGGGAACACCACUUCAAAUUCGUCCUUCUAGUGACGUUGAACAAUCCAAUUUAUCUCCUACCGACCGAGUAUUAGUUGUUCGUGGUCAAUUACAUUCUAUUUGUGCAGCUGAAGCAUUUCUCAGUGAACAAAUUCGAUGGGCAACAAUUGAAUCAUCUAUUCCAUCUAAUUUUUGGCCUUUACUCAAUCAUCUUCCUUCUCUUCCAAUGAAUAGUAAUAAUAGAUCAUUGAAAUCUUCUAAUUUAUCAUUUAGUUAUGAUCCACAAUCAGUAUGUUCAUUAAUUAUGUCAUUGGGAUCUAUAUUUUGGCCUCAGUCUGUAUGUGCUAAACUUGGAAAAAAUACUAAUUUUCAAUAUUAUAAUAAACGAUCUUUACUGAGAAAUAUGAAUACUCCAAGAACUGAUAUAACAUUAUCUAAAAACAUUGAAAAUAAUAAUGAUAAUAAUCUUAAUUCAACAAAUAUAGUAAAUGUUGAUGAUGAAAACGAUACAAAUAAACAAGAACAAGACAAAAAUAUCAAUGAUAAUAAUGACAACUUGGAAACUAUUAGUGACAGUGAUGAGAAAAGUAAGAUCAACCCCGAAAUAAAAGAGAAUAUUGACAAUACAUUUAAUCACUCAUUAAUUAACAUUAAAUUGUCGGUUGAUGAUGAUAAUGAUGAUGGUGAUGAUGAUGAUGAUGACAGUGAUGAAGAUGAAGAGGAUCAGGAUCAGGAAGCAGUACACAAUAAAACUAUUGAUAGUGUUGUAUCAUCUGAUUUUGAACAAGACAAAAAUGAAUCCACUGUUGUUUUAGAAAUGUCUAGCGAGAAUAAAGAAACAGAAUUGCAAUCGCCAUCUAAUAACUGUAUUGAUUCGGAAAUGCAAAAAUCCGAUAAACUAGAUCAAUUAAAACCUGAUCAAUGUGCGUUUGAACGCUUAGCUCGUUCAACAAACCCUAAAGAAACUAACCAUACUAUGGUGACUGCUGUUCAACAGUCAUUAAUUGCAGCUGUAGGUCCAAUAGCUUGGUUAGCUACCGGUGGUAUGCUUUAUAUGCGUGUUUCGUACAACGAAGCUGGUGCAUUGAUUGGAUCAGAAGGAUCUCGAAUCCAACAACUUAUGCAAGUUACAGGAGCUGAAAUACAUGUCGGCAAGGUUCCAAUCAGUCCACCUUAUGCAUUAAAUCCAAUUACUAAACGUACUUAUUCAAAUAAUAAUGUGAUAUUAUCUAAUGAAAAAUCACCAACAUGUAUAUCUCUUGUUGACUCUUUCUUUAAUGAUACUGUCACUGAUAUAAACGGUGAUUCUUCAUCUAUUAUUAACAGUAAAAUUGAUCAAUCAUUAUCUAAAUCCAAUAAUGAUCAUGUUGAUGAUAAUAAUGAUACUAAUCAGUCUAUAAACAUUAUAAAUGAUCAAUUAUUAUCUUCAAUGGAUAUCAAUGAAAAUAAUAAUGAUGAUGAUGGUGGUGAUGAUGACGAUAACGAUAAUGAUGAUGAUGAUGAUGAUUCUACCAAACAACAAUCCAAUAAACUUAUUGACAAUAAUGUUAAUGAUGAAAACAUUUGUACAAAUAAAUUGUCUAUUGUAGACAAUAAUAAAAAUAAUACUGAAAUGACUAUCACUAUAAAAGAAUGUACAGAAUUGAUUUCUUCACUAAAUAAUGAUACUCAUAGUAAUGAUAAUAAUAAAACUAUGAUCAAUGAUGUUUCAGUUAAUCAAAUAUCAGAUACUAUAUCUGAUUCUUGUAAUCAUCAUCCUCUAGUGAAAAGUUCUUCAACACAUUCAAAUUGUACAAUUGCUGAAAAAAUUUCAGAUAAUCAAAUAUCAGAAUCUAUAGAACAAAAAACUUCUAAUACAUUGCCAUUAUCAUCAUCAACAUCAAAUCAAUCAUAUCGUUUAGUUAGUUUAUCUGGUUCAGCUCAAUCACAAAUUAUGGCUCAAUGGCAAAUAUUUCAACGUCUUAAAAAUUUACAUAAACGUCAGAUGACCACUGGGUCUUCUUCGUCAAAUGAUAAUUCAAGUCAGAAAUUAUUUUGUUUGGCCACUUUAAUAUGUCUGCCGUAUCGAUUUCUCUGGUGGCUUACAACUCAUAAUCCUGGAUUCAUAGAAACAUCUCAGUCAUCUUCCAUUCUUACAUCGACUGUGUUCGCAAAGUCCGAUGACUCGGAUAAUACUAAUAAUAGCAAUAAAUCUGGAACAUCUCCAUUGAAUUGGAUUCAAUCAUUAGCUAGUAGACGUUUAAAUGCAAAUUUAUCAUCAAAUGAUUCAGUUAAAAAAUUCAUUCAUGUACUACCUGAGCCUAGACGACGUAAACGUUUAGUUCAACAACAACUUAAACGAAUCAAUGCUACUCUGCGUGGCCAACAACAACAUUUAAACUAUACUGGUGCUAAUUGUUUGUCUAAAUCACUUAUUUUACCACCAAGAGGAUUAACUAAUGAUGGUUUAGAUCAGUUGUGGGCUCAUCCUAAUCGUAUACCAUUAGAAAUAUACGCUGACUUUGAUACUACACAACUUAUUUUAACAAAUCUGCAUCAUAUGUUAGCCUUAUGGUUAUAUGGGCAAUCUCUUGCUGGCACCUCUGUUCAAUCGUUUAUUCAAGCUCCUAUCGUAUAUGUACUGCCCAAUGGACGUCCAGCUAAUAUAUCAACCUCAGAUUCAGCGAACAGUCGACCAUAUUCUAAGUCUAAUCGACAUAAUACAGAUCAACCUGAUUAUUGGACACUUAUGCCCGGUCGUCAAGAUGCUUUUUUAAAUUCUCUGAGACAACCAUUUCAUAUACCAUUGUUGCCUGGAGGUAUUCCGAAUUUUGGAUCCUCCACUACAGGUCCCCCUAACUAUUCAACACCAAUGCUCCCAGACCGUUCAAAUUGCACAAAUCUCGCUCAACCUUUUUUGUAUCCUCGAUAUCCUUUGAUAAAUUGGCAUGGAAUAGCCAAUAGCAAAUACUCAGGACAGACGAUGACAUCAGACCCCACCGCGACAAGGCCUGUGCGCAUUGGACCUCCAGCAUUGUAUGGUUGUUGGCCGCGUGGACGUUUCAGUGAUACAGUUGAUGACAAGCACAAUAUUGAAAUAGAUCAAUCCUCUUCACAAUCUACACGAUUUCCAUCAGCUGGUACUGGUUACACGUUUAUCACGAACCUACCUUUCCCACCACCGGCACGUCCACCUACAAGUUUAAAUCAUGUUCAUACAUCUACUCAUUCACAAGUUGUUCCUGGUUCCUGUUAUCGUGGUUCAUCUAUUUCAUCACAUUCUAAUAAAUUUAGAUUUCGUAAUCCAUGCAAUAGUGGAAAUCAUUCAGUGGAACCAUUUAUUAUAAAUAGUAUGCCUUUAUUGGAUACACCAAAUCAAAUUAAUCAUCAUUCAAAUUUUGUUCACAAUUCCAAACAAACAAAUCAUACUACAAUAAAUGGGGAUAAAAAUCAAGGAAUACGCACAAAACAGAAUUUACAAGAAUCACGGCGGAACAAAGAAGAUUUAGUUGUUGGUGGUGAUAGCUAG